UUUUCUUCAGUGACCCAAGGGGUGAGAGUAAAAAGAGUAGGAUGUUUUAAAGAAGACCCGGCGAAAAGAAGCAUAAACACUCUUCUCUUCAGCGACUUAAAAUCCAUCCGAUCGACUGCAAAGGUGGAUUUCAAAAACUUUGGACGUUACACUCAAGGCCUCAUAAGCCGGUGCGGUGCUGCUGCUGCAGCCAAGUCUUUCCUGUUUUUCGCAAUUAACAACAUAGGUAAGCACACUACUGAAAGGACUUUAAUUUUCGAAAUUGGCUGCCGAUUCAAUCUGUGAGAUAGAAACCUAGAUUAUGACCCUCCUCCUAAAAGACCGAUUCAGCUAAUCCAGGAUACAAACUUUUUACUCCACAAUCGAAUUUACCUUUCUACAGUGGAUUAUCCGGGCUAAGUUUACACGGCGCUGCUCAAGCAAUUUUCGUUUAGCUGAAAAAUUUGAUCCGAAAAUUUGUUUACAUUGAACCGUUCAAUAUUUUGGCUCCGUCCACGGGGUGUGACCAACCAGCUUGAAUAGACCAAUUUUGAUAUAUUAAAAUUCAUACUUGGCUGUGAGGCUUGGGGGAAUAAAACAAAAGAAAUCCGCUUGAGGAUUAGCAGUGAAUUAUACAAAUUGUCUUUUGUUUUAUUUCCCCAAGACUCGGAGCCAAGUAUGAAUUUUAAUAUAUCGAAAUUGCUACAUUCUAACUUUUGUUGGUGGUUUUACCAACUGCCCAUUCGCAGAUGUCUACUUCAGCAAUUCCAAAAUGGCGUCAUCCAGCUGAGUUAUCAUACGCAUCCAUGUAACCACGCCUUUGCCGUACAAAAAUUUCGACUUUGGAGCGACGCUGGCGCGACAUCUGAUUCAGACGGCGCACCGUUUGUCGAACCUAAGUUAAGUUCGACAAAAGUUCGACAGACUCUGUCGAACUUAACGCUUUUGCCGCACCAAACUAAAACUGCCGUACCAAAUUGAUUCAGACACACCGUACUUAAAGGGACUGGUUCACGAUAAUGCGCAUGCGCGCCGUGUGUCUCUUCAUGAAUAAAUUUGUUGGGUCAACACUAAAUUCGAAAUCGCCAUUACCGGUACAAUCAUUGAAAAUCCUUCGUUUUAUUCGGGCAUCCGUCGCUUUGGCUGGUCUAGUUAUACUUCGGUAGUGGUGAUUAACGUGUGGUUGUGUCGUUUGACUGGUUACGUUUUAAGAAGACGCAAAAAAUAAUGUUUUGAUCAUGGAGGUUCAGAAGAGCAUCGUGGCCGUCCGGCAACAGGAUGUUCUCUAGAGUCUUUGGAGAUAGAGAAGCUUAGCCUAUCGAUCUGGUAUGGUUCUAGGAGUAGUGUGUGGCUUACGAAUAGGAUACACGACACUUGGAAAGUGGUUAAAGGCAUGAGUUCGUUCAACUUUGAUUUGAUUUUUGACUCCGACCUGUAGUUAUACCGCAACAGGCCGCGCGAUCUUCACCGAUCUGGUACACUUGAAAUGUUCCUUGUAUCUUUGCUUUACGACCGUAUAUGUUUAAGAAUUGAUGUUUUUAAAAUAAAUUAUUGCCUGAAUAUUCUGUUUAUAAUCUAGUUUCUUUAUGGGUGUUACUCGAUAACAUUUGUUUUGCGGAACACUGACCCGAUGCAACGCGAAUGAAUUUGUUCAUUUGCUGAUAAGCAAUUGAAAUUUAUGCUCAAUUAAGGAUAAUCUUUAUACUCAUACGUUGUGUAUUUUUGUCACCGGUCAGACGCUAUUUGUAGGUAUUUCUGGGUUUAUGUAAGGCGAACUGAGAGAACAGUAAUAAGAUGUUUGUUUAUAAAUUUUGUUUGCCGAUCGGUGACUGCUUUGUUAACGUGGGUACGACCUCGUAAAAAUACACGUUGGUAAAUGUUUGUUUCAAAGCAGGACAGGGCUGUAAAUUUUAUUCUUAUCGGCUGCAACAUAUAUCUGAGGAUUUUCACAGAAUAAACUUGAAUUAUGGGGAUAAAUAAAAUCAAACCAAAUGCCCGGAAAUGCUCUCGCGUCGCGAACAAUUUUAAAUUUGAAUUUUGUAAAUUUACUUGCGUGCAUCUAACUCGCUUCCGAUUGGUUGAAAAACAAUCAGCUACUGUCAGAACUCACACAUGCGCAUUAUCGUGAACCAGUCCCUUUAAUUCAUCAGUUAGGUUCGGCACAUGAUUGGAGCGGCGUCUGAACCAGACCUUAGACGGUUAUGGUGUUCACACCGCGACAGUCAAAUUUUCGUUAGUACCGACUACAAAUUUGACCUCGACGCACGAAUUCUCCGCAGCCGGUGGAAAAUAUGUCGGUGCCGUGUGAACUAAGCCUAAGAGUUUCGACCUUUUAAUCAAAUUUAUUAGUAACUUUAGAGGAAAAAAAAAUUUUACAUAAGAACGUUUACAUAUUGUGCGCACAGACAAAGGUAUUAUAUUUACUACCGAAAAAAGUUUUACUGAAUAGAGAAGAUUUGUUUGAGCCGCCUAAUAGUCAUUUUCAUUUGGAAUGAGAGGGACGCUAAGAGUCUAUUUUAAACUGAAUAAUUAACUUGGAUAUAAAUUCGGAUGCAAUAGCUUUAAUUUCUUAUGCAUUGUUUUGGACGCGGACUAGUGGUACUGUUUACAUAUAACAGAGGAAGAUACAAGUCCUUUAUCUGUUUAUGAGUCGAAUAGAUUGAUAGUUACAGUUAGUAGAUUGAGAAAAAUCUGUAGCGAAGUAAGGCUAACUUAGUCUUGAUUAAAGUAUCAUUUGACUUAACAAUGCUGGAACUGGGAGUAAAGGAUCCGCAAUAAUGAAUGGAGUUUCUUCAGUGACCGUUCCUAUGCAAGAAAAUUUCAAAAACAAAUUGGCUUAAGGGUUAAACUUCAGUAUCUUUUUAUUUUUUGCUAUAAGGUGAAUGUUACUCAGGUAAGGUGUCCACCACGUAUGCCUCAAAGGGAUCCUCGACAGAUUGCAAAAACGGUGGAGGUACAAAGUGUACGGGGACCACGCAAGAUUGUGUCGGUGGUAGUCCUAAAUCAAACUAUGUCUACAAGUUAGAAAGUAAGUAUCCCGCCUAGAAUCGUGUCCUUCCUCAUUUUGUUCGCCCAAUAACUUUGUAUUUCGCUACUUUUACUGGAUGAAACCCUUUACUUACUAUCAACGGAUAUUCUGCUUCCAAUUCGAUUCAGGUUAUUGUUUACAGUCAGAUUUUAAUCCCAGAAAAUAUAUUUUUAAAACAUCCCCUUACAAUUUUUAGAUCAUUUUUCCUCUUGGUCGGGCUGAUUAUUUCCGAUCAGCGCACGCUAGUGGUUAUUUUUUAGCUAAAGAUAUCAAAAUCUUUUUUUUUUGGAGUUCACCUUUCCACAAAAAAACAUUUUUUAACUUUUAGAGCUCCCCAAGACUACGAAACCUACCGCAAAGCCAACAACGAAACCGGGUGGGGCCACGACAAAGCCUUCUACUCAGGGAGGAGCGGCCAAACUAAACACUCUGACCUGUAAGUUACAUCACUUUAGAUUUUAUCUUUAGUUAGCAAAGAUUUCCAUAGCGUUCGUGUCUUAUUUAGGGUAGGUGGAAGUAGGAAAAUAGGUUAUAGUUUCGUAAAAAAUCAAAAACUCGUACGAUGAGUCUACUGGGUAGGAUCUAGUGUUUUAAAUUUGCUGCUUUCUAAAACACAACGUAAGUUCUGCUGCUCAUGCUUGCGGGCCUUUUUAAACGGUACAGCCUGCGGAAUGCUCAUAUUUACAACGAUACUAGGAAUGUGUGUCUCGCAAACCCUUGCGAAACUCGGUUAUAUUAGCGCCGCUAAAGUUAAGCUGUGUCGGGCGAGGUUAUAAUAAGGAACUGGAUGGGUUACCUGCCGCGAAUAUCCUGUCAAGAGAACCUCUACUUCUUUUUUUUCUCUUCUUCCUCUUUUUCUUCUUAUUUGGUCCUAUUUUCAUUCUUAAAUGCGCGUAUUGUAAAGCAUAUUUAACAUUAAUUCGGCCGCUGGAUAAAAAAGGAAAAAAAAACAACAAAAAAAACACGCCUUUGAAAUGCUUGCAAACUCAACCUUGGUUCAAAGGGCGAAGUACAAAGCUGAAACCAGUCUUUGAUGCAUCAGCGGGGAGAGUGCCAAGUUAAUUGCAGGUUUGCCUCGUUGUAACAUGAAUUCCAUGGCAGAUUUAAGGGAAGAAGUGAAAUGGUCUUCAGAAACUAACGCGCUAAGUCAAUUCUGUUCACCAGGUCAGAAUUACUUGGUUGCCAUAAAAAUAACCGCCGGCGCAAGCGCAGGUAAGCCACAGGUCCCAACUCCAGCAGGUGCGUCACCAAAACGUACUGCGAAAGGCCAGUCCACUCGACCCACAGUAGCAACACCAACGACCAAGGCUACACCCUCACCACAAUCAUCAAUCGAAAAUAAGGUAAGUUUAAUUUUACUUUAUUGUGAACGAUAAUUACCUUGGCCGCCAGGGUGAUGUUAUUUGUCGUAACUUUGGUUCUUUGGAUAAUAUUAUAAAUUCAAUAACUUAAGAGUUUUUGAGAAAUACGUCUCUUUAGUACGCGACAAAGGGGACUCGAAAAGGUUCAAGUUCUCACCUAACAGAAGUCGAAUCUGUGACAUCAGGAUACUGGUAAAUAUUUCGUGUCUGGUACGAUCCAUUCCUUCCUCCACGUCCUUCAGAGGUUAUAUGCAAGCCUAUUUUUUUGAAAACCAACCUAACAAAAUUUUGCCGUCAUUUGAGUGAAAAGGCGUCAAAAGGCAGACUUUUGGGCGCGAUAAGCUCUAAAAUCACACUAACGAGUCCACUAACGAAGGAAAAGGAAAGGAGGGAGAUGGAAGAAAAGAGGAAAGGAGAAAAAGCAAUGGUUGUGCCCUUAGUUUUUAUAAUGGCUACUUUAGCCGGAAAAAACUGUUGGACUUAAAGAGUCCAUUUGGCGGUAACGUUCUUAAAAAUCCGGCAUAGAUGUACAUGUAUAUACCAUUCCUGAGGAAGGAUCAAGCCAUUCCUGAGGAAGGAUCAAGCGCACAAUGGGCACAAAUAAUGCGACAUAUACUGCCUGUGGUAAUCUUUGAUUCAUUAAAGUGAAUUAUUUAACAUAAUAUUUCUAGAUAUCAAAAUAUUGGUUGUAUGAAAAAAAUUUUUUUUCGAAAGUGUAAUCAAGGAAUUUUGUCAUUUGUUUGCUCGUUUUAUUGUUAUGAAACAGGUGAGGAAUAUCUAUAAGGGAUACUCCUGUCUUGUCUGCUUGAAAACGGUUAACGCAAGGUAUGUUAAUUGCUUACACUAUUUUCUACAUGUACAUAGUUUUGCAACACUAGUAAGCGAAACAGUUGACUGAACAGAAUCAAAUUGUGUUAUACCAAGUGCUUCGGAUCCCCCAUAAUGCACUAUGUUUGUUCUUCAAAUUUUGCAUUAAAUAUCAUUAAUACUCUUUUUCUUAGUGUUGGUGUUAAUCCUUACAUUUUGACUUUGGUUUGCACGAGUGUAUGUCUUGAAUCUGCCAAGCCUCGCAACUCUUAUAUGUGAGACUACGGUCUUCAAGGUCUUGAAGGCCUUAAUGACUUCAAAUCUCACUAUUGGUUUUUUUUCCCUUGGGUUAAUUUUCGCAGGGUUUUAGUCUUUACCUUUUUCUUGUUACUUUUUAGUUCUUCGACAGUGUUUCUUAUGCUGAAAUUUGCUUGCCAAGGACAACAUUUGAAAAAACUUGUUGCUGGUCUUGGGGCCAGCAACAUUAUCAAAGCAGGUAUGAGCUUUCGAUUCGUUCCUCUUUUUUAUAGUGUUACAAAGGAAAAAAGAACAAUUUUUUGUCUCUUUUUCUAUUUCAAGUUUAUUAAGCACUCAUCUGUUUUUUAUUUUUUUAAUCUGACUCACAACGGUCGCGCAAGAUGUAGUUCUAGCCGACCCAAUACCAAUUUGGCUAAAGGAGUCCCUUUAAGAUAGACGGAGGCAACAAUCCCUGAUUUUACCUCUUUGCAUGCAAAAUUUAUUACUUUUUAUUUCAUUUAGAAUGCUACCCGCCAGCUUGUGCAUACUCAGGCUCAAUGUACCCCUGUUCUCCCUGUGGGAUGUCUGCGUGCUCCAUGUCACCAUCAGUACCAUACCCACCAGUUUGCCAGACGACAUAUCCUGCGCCUGCUCCGUACCCAGCUCCCGUCCCGCCUCCCAUCCCGUCUCCACGGUGCCCAAUGUCCUGCCCGUCGCUUUGUGCUCCAGCAUGCAGUUCUUUCUGCUGUCGCUCCUUAACAGGCUACAAAAAUAAGGCUGGAAUAUCAGCCAAGAAAUCGUCAACUUUCAAUGCUGAUGAUUUUGAGGAUGAUGACGACGACGACGUCGACGACGAUGAUGAUGUUGAAGACAACGAUGACAAUGAUUUCGAUGAAACCAGUUAA